AUGGCACUCAAACAACGAUUCUCAAUGGGGACCAGAUGCUCAGCCAACGGCACGCUGGGAAGGCCACGGGAUGGUGAAAAUCGAUUAAGGAAGAUGGACAAAUUUGAGAGAUGUCUUGCGGCGGCGUUGGAAGAUUCUGAGUCGCUAUCGCCGGCGACCACUGGAAUCGGCCCGACCGUCGUAUCAGUCUUCGCGCCACCAGGAGAAACCAUGGAAAUUCGGGCCGCCAGAGACACGGACAAAACUGGUGUCGCUAGCGGGUCACUGCGCCGCGGCAUCUCGUGCAAGAGGGCGCUGACGAAGGAGACGGCGGAUGCCUAG